AUGGAUCAAAUCUCUCAACUACCUGACCCUAUUUUGCUGCACAUACUAUUCUUCCUACCUGCGAAAGAUGCAGCUCAAACUAGUGUGCUCUCCAAGACAUGGCUGAAAGUCUGGAAUUCGCUUCCUCUAUUUACAUUUGAUUUCGGUCAAAACCUUUCCUUAUGGAAACUCCUGUCUACAGAAAAAGAGGAAUCGGAACAAGCUGAUGUAAGAGAUGCUUUUCUAAAUAUUAUAGAUGGCUCAUUGGUAAAUCUCCGCGUCCAAAAAGCAAUAAUAGAGAAAUUCAGGCUUUUUCUUAAACUGUCAUAUCUAAGAAAUGUGUCUUGCAUCGAUGAAUGGAUAAGAUUGGCUACCAAUAACUGCAUCAAAGAGUUAGAUGUUCAUAUUAAGCGCCAGUAUGGAGAAGACUGGUACAGUUUGCCAGGUACAACAUUUACAGCUAAAUCACUGAUUAUUCUGAGAUUGGGAGGUUUUAAGCUAGACUUCCCUCUAAUUGUUGAUCAUAUGAAGCUUACUAAAUUGAGAGAGCUAUCUCUAACUGAUGUUCUGUUGGAAGAACAGACGAUCUUGGAAAUUUGUUCUGCUUGUCCAGCGGUAGAAGAUCUACGUCUCAUCAGGUGUGAAGGAGUGAAAGAUCUAUUGAUAUCUGAUCUCCCCAGACUUAUAAAGCUUGCAAUACAUCAAGCAAAUGAAAUAACUUGGGAAUAUAGAAGUAUCCGGAUUCAAGCUGUUAAUCUUCAAAGUCUAGAAUACAGAGGAUGUAACAGCGAGUUAAAGUUUGACGUGACUACUUUCAAGCUUCUGAAAGAAUUGAGCAUAACAUUUGAGCUGAUUACAGAUCUGGUGGUAGAAAAUCUUGUUUCUGAAUUGCCCCUUCUUGAGAAAUUAGAAUUGAACUUUUGUUUCAAGUUGGUGAUGCUUAAAUUUUCGAGUUGUAUGCUUAGACAGUUAACAUUCCGUUCUGGCAAGAGUCUAAAGGAAAUUGUGAUCGACGCUCCAAACCUGAUCCGUUUUGAAUAUGGUGCUCGUAAAUUGCCUGACAUAUUCUCUAUGACAACAUCUUCUCUGCAGGAAUGUUAUCUCAAAUUAAUGCCCAGUGAUCAUCUAAGCACGAGUUGGUUUCAAAAAUUGAAGGGAUAUCUAUCUAGAUUCAAACAACUAAAUUUACUUGUUCUGUUUAUAGAUUCAAUGACUGUAAGUCUGAAUUCCAUUUUCACUUUAUUAUUUUGUUAA